AGGCAGGGCGGCCGGCGGCAAGGAGCGGAGCCCCGACUGCCGGGCUCAGGGGCGGGGGAAGAGAGAGAGAGAGAGAGAAAAGGAACGAGCGAGAGGCGGAGAGGAGCGGGAAGAAAGAGCCGCCCUAUUAAGUGGCUCUUCCCGCCGAGUCUGCGGGGGAAGAAAGGAGGCGUGUUGUGGUGGUGCUGCUGCUUGCGGGCAGGGGAAGUGCCGCGGGACCCGUCCGUCUCCGCCUCUGGCUGGCGCUCUACGAGGAAAGGGCGCCGUCAUGCCCACCAACUUCACCGUGGUACCGGUGGAGGCGCCCGCCGGCGGCGGCGAGGAGGGCCCGGGAGCCCAAGAGGGGCAACUGCCGCCGCCGCCGCCGGAGCUGGUCGAAGAGCAGGAGAGUGGUAGGCGUCAUGGUCGAGGCGGCGCUAGCGGUCUCCUGCGGCAACAACAAACCGAGACCGGCCUCGUGGACUCGGAGAGCCCGAGUGAUGCGAUUCCAAGAGAAAGUAGUCCAUUUAUCAAUAAUGCAAGCAUGGAGAGAGCAAACAUUUAUGAAGGGAAAAAUAUGGCUCUUUUUGAGGAAGAAAUGGAUAGCAACCCCAUGGUAUCAUCUCUUCUUAAUAAGCUAGCCAAUUAUACCAAUGUUACUCAGGGAGUAGUAGAACAUGAAGAAGAUGAAGAUAGUAAACGAAAGGAAAUUAAGGCUCCACGUAUGGGCACUUUCAUUGGUGUCUACUUGCCCUGUCUACAGAACAUUUUAGGAGUUAUCCUCUUCCUGCGAUUGACAUGGAUUGUGGGAACGGCAGGUGUUCUUGAAUCUUUCAUUAUUGUAUUCAUAUGCUGUGCUGGGACUAUGCUAACUGCAAUAUCAAUGAGUGCAAUAGCAACAAAUGGCGUGGUUCCAGCUGGUGGCUCAUAUUACAUGAUCUCAAGAUCAUUAGGCCCAGAAUUUGGUGGAGCUGUGGGGCUCUGUUUUUAUUUGGGCACAACUUUCGCAGGGGCCAUGUAUAUUCUUGGCACAAUUGAAAUUCUCCUGAAAUACAUUUCCCCUAAUGCUGCUAUUUUUACUGGAGGUGAAGAGGCUGCUUUAAACAACAUGAGAGUUUAUGGAACAUGCAUCCUUACUAUGAUGGCCAUUGUUGUUUUUGUGGGAGUCAAAUAUGUCAAUAAACUUGCACUCGUUUUUUUGGCUUGUGUAAUCCUUUCAAUUAUUGCUAUUUAUGCUGGUGUUAUUAAAACGGCAUUUGAUCCACCAGAUUUCCGUAUUUGUCUUCUUGGAAACCGUACAUUAGUGAGAGAUGAUUACCUUUGUGCCAAAACUGUUGUACUAAACAAUGUAACAGAGACUACUGUUUUGUGGAAAAAGUUCUGCGGUGAUAACUCCUCAAUAAAUGCUGCAUGCGAUGAGUAUUUUCGUCUAAACAAUGUCACAGAAGUUCAAGGGAUUCCUGGAGUUGCAAGUGGAGUCCUAUUUGAUAACUUGUGGAGUGUGUAUAGUGAUAAAGGAGCAAUUGUGGAGAAAAAGGAUGUUCCAUCAGUUCCUGCUUCAGAAGAGGGAAAAGAAAGAUUCAGUGUUUAUGUAUAUACAGAUAUCAUGACCUAUUUCACUAUGCUAGUGGGGAUCUAUUUCCCAUCUGUGACAGGCAUUAUGGCAGGUUCAAACAGGUCUGGAGAUCUUCGAGAUGCUCAAAAAUCUAUUCCAACUGGAACAAUUCUGGCCAUUUCAACAACAUCAUUUAUCUAUCUUUCCUGUAUAAUCCUUUUUGGAGCCUGUAUAGAAGGAGUUGUCUUGAGGGACAAAUUUGGAGAAGCAGUUAAUGGAAACCUAGUGAUCGGUACACUGGCAUGGCCCUCUCCGUGGGUUAUUGUAAUUGGCUCAUUCUUUUCCACAUGUGGUGCUGGUCUCCAGAGUCUCACUGGUGCUCCGCGACUGCUCCAGGCAAUUGCUAGAGAUGGCAUUGUACCAUUUCUUCAAGUAUUUGGUCAUGGAAAAUCAAAUGGGGAACCUACAUGGGCUCUGCUCCUCACUGCAUUUAUCUGUGAGAUAGGCAUUUUGAUAGCUUCCCUGGACAGUGUAGCUCCAAUCCUUUCCAUGUUUUUCCUUAUGUGUUAUCUGUUUGUGAACCUGGCAUGUGCAGUUCAGACUCUUCUCCGUACCCCAAACUGGAGACCUCGUUUCAAGUAUUAUCACUGGACUCUUUCAUUCCUGGGGAUGAGUUUGUGCCUUGCCUUGAUGUUCAUUUGCUCUUGGUAUUAUGCCUUGGUUGCUAUGCUGAUAGCAGGAUGCAUUUACAAAUACAUAGAAUACAGAGGAGCUGAAAAAGAAUGGGGAGAUGGAAUCCGUGGUUUAUCUUUGAAUGCUGCCCGCUAUGCUUUGCUUCGGGUUGAUCAAGGCCCUCCUCAUACCAAAAACUGGAGACCACAGGUCUUGGUUUUGUUGAAUUUGGAUUCAGAAGAGUUGGUGAAACACCCUCGGCUACUUUCCUUUACCUGUCAAUUAAAAGCUGGAAAGGGUUUGACCAUUGUGGGGUCUGUACUUCAAGGAAUAUACUUAGACAAAUACACAGAAGCUCAAAGAGCUGAGGAGAACAUCAGAUCUUUAAUGGGAGUAGAGAAAACCAAAGGAUUCUGCCAGAUUGUGGUAUCAUCCACUGUUAGAGAUGGAAUUUCCCAUUUGAUACAAUCUGCUGGACUUGGAGGGAUGAAACACAAUACCGUCCUGAUGGCAUGGCCUCAGUCUUGGAAGCAGGCUGAUAAUCCUUUCUCUUGGAAAAAUUUUGUGGACACUGUACGAGAAACAACAGCUGCCCAACAAGCUCUUCUAGUAGCUAAAAACAUAGACUUGUUUCCAACUAAUCAAGAGCGUUUUAGCGAAGGUAAUAUAGACGUGUGGUGGAUUGUUCAUGACGGUGGCAUGCUGAUGCUUCUUCCUUUCCUACUACGACAACACAAGGUGUGGAGAAAAUGUAAAAUGCGUAUCUUCACUGUGGCUCAGAUAGAUGACAAUAGUAUUCAAAUGAAGAAGGAUCUUCAGAUGUUUCUGUAUCAUCUUCGACUGAAUGCUGAGGUGGAGGUUGUUGAAAUGUUUGAAAAUGAUAUUUCAGCCUUCACAUAUGAGAAGACUCUUAUGAUGGAGCAGAGAUCUCAGAUGCUAAAACAAAUGCAACUCUCUAAGAAUGAAAGGGAACGGGAGAUUCAGAGCAUCACUGACGAAUCUCGUAGCUCAAUCAGAAGAAAGAGCCACUCUAGCCCACAAUGUAUUGCUCAAGACGUAGACAAUCUGCCUAAUGACAUUCAAGAGGAUGAGGCUCAGUUAAUCCAUGACAGAAAUACUGCAUCCCACUCAACAGGAAUGGUUAAAUCUCUCACUGCUAUUGCUAUGCCAGAAAAAGUACAAAUGACCUGGACGAAAGAUAAGCUUAUAUCUGAGAAGCAUAAAAUAAAAGAGACAAAUAUGGCAAGCUACAAGGACAUCUUCAAUAUGAAACCAGAAUGGGGAAAUCUGAACCAGUCAAAUGUAAGAAGGAUGCAUACUGCUGUCAAGCUUAAUGGAGUUGUGCUAAACAAAUCACAAAAUGCUCAGCUGGUAUUACUGAACAUGCCUGGACCUCCAAAGAACAGGAAAGGAGAUGAAAACUAUAUGGAAUUCUUGGAGGUUUUGACGGAAGGCUUGAACAGAGUGCUCUUGGUGCGAGGAGGAGGCCGUGAAGUCAUCACCAUUUAUUCCUAAUAAUUUGAUUGAACGCACAAUAUUGCUAGCAACAGCAUCCUUCUGGAUAUGAAUACAGGACUGUGGCAGUUCUUGGACUAACAACGUGGGCCUGCCUUGUGUUUUCUUGCAUACAGCAUAGAAUCUGACAGUGGAAUCCUAUUUUUAUUUCUGUUCCCAUAUUAUGUAAGCAGAUUAUUUCCAACAUAGAUCUACAACAUUUGUCUUUACUGAAGCAAUGUACUAUAUACGUGUAUAUUUUUUUAAUGUGGUAAAACUGGGAGACUUAUUUUUUUGUUCUUGGGAUGAGAGUACGUGAAUAAAUACUCCUUCUGUAUAUUGGUCUUAAACAUGGCAAAUGGAGUAACUUUUUUUUGACAUAGGAAUAAACCUUUGACUUUUUAGUACUUUUUAUAAUGAUGGUAUACCAAAAAAAAAAAAAAAA